UUUUCUUUUCUAGGUACUUCACGUUUCUAUUUACUUUCUUUGAAUUUCUUUUUCAUUUAGCUAAUAGAAUUGACAAAAUGUCAAAUAUAUUUGAUAACAACAGAACAGUACAACAAGUAGUAGUAGCAGGUGCUGCUGUUUCAGCCAUACUUACUCUUUUGGCUGCCAAAUACAAUGAUCGACCUAUUGGCUAUGAGCAUCCAAAGGGUAUUCCUUACAAAAGUGGUCUACCCUUACUGGGUAACUUACCGCUCUUGCUGAACAAUAAGGAGCGUAUCUACGAUUUCCAAUUGGACUUGCUAGAAGAACUUGACACGCUGACAAUGACCUUACCUGUAGCUGGUAAUCCUACAGCGGUAUUAACAAUUGAUCCUCAAAAUGUCAACUAUUUUCUGAAAGAAAACUUUAAAAACUAUUUGAAAGGUCCCAAAUUCAAACAGUCCUUAGGUGAAUUGCUCGGAAAUGGUAUUUUCAAUGCUAAUGGCGAGCAGUGGAGAUACCAGCGCAAAACUGCCUCUCAUAUUUUCAAUGUAAAAAAUUUUAGGGAUGACUUCACUGAUGUUUUUGUGAAAGAAAUGUUGGUCAUGUGCAGUCAAAUCAUGGAUAAAGCAGCCAAGCAAAGAACUGUUAUUGACUUUCAUGAUCUAAUGUUUAAAUUCACGUUAGACUCCUUUGUAUACCUCGGUUUUGGUGUUCAAUUAAACUCACUUCUUCAAGAAAACAAGGUUCCAUUCGCAGUUUCUUUCGAUCAUCUACAGCGCUUGGGUGCUCUACGUUUUAUUGAUCCAUUUCGACCACUCAUUGAAACCGCUACUCGCUUUAUUCCCUGGAAAAUGUCGACACAGGACCAUAUCCGUGUUAUCGACAAAUUUGCAGCUGACGUUAUCGCACAACGCAGGAAGGAGAUCGCGGAAGGGAAGACCGACCACAAAGAUCUUCUGUCACGCUUCAUGAACACAGAUAAUGAAAAUGGCGAAAAACUCAACGAUGUUGAACUACGUGACACAGUGUUAAACUUUAUCAUUGCUGGUCGUGACACCACAGCCCAAGCACUUUCAUGGUUAUUCUACAACAUUUCGUUGCAGCCCAGAAUUGAACAAAAGAUGUUGGAAGAAAUCGAAAAAAAUAACAUUACGGACGAAUUAGAAAAGGACUCACCAGCUUUAUAUGAGGUCAUCAGUAAUAUGCAUUACCUUCAUGCUGUGUUUUACGAAACCCUCCGAUUGCAUCCUUCUGUCCCUUCUAAUCAAAAAUAUGCUUUAGAAGACGAUGUGUGGCCUGAUGGAACCGUCAUUAAAGCCGGUUAUUAUAUUAAUUGGACUCCUUAUGCUCAAGGAAGAAGUACUAAGAUUUGGGGUCCCAACGCGAAAGAAUUUUAUCCUGAGCGAUGGAUAGACGAAGAAGGUCAUCUUCGUAGAGAAAACGCGGGCAAGUGGCCUGUUUUCCACGCUGGUCCACGCGUCUGCUUAGGACAAAACUUGGCAACGCUUGAAGCAUUGGUUUGCGUCGCUAUGUUAUUGAAACGGUAUAGUUUUGAUAUUGUAGCUGACCAAACAGUUACUUAUGAUCUAUCCUUGACUCUGCCGAUGAAGUAUGGCUUGAAGCUUUAUGUUCGAGAACGGUCUACAUCUUCUACUACAGUUUAGGCCACAUACCCUCACUUACCAGCAUUAGUGCAUAACGCUGUCUUUUCCAUGAAGGAACUACGUCGUUCAUCGUAAUUCAAAAAUUUUCACAAUUUUGCAUCGCUUAAUAAACAAUAUCAGCCAAUCCAU